GAACAAAUGUCACGCAAAGCCCUGGUUGCAGCAAAGCAAGCUGGCGCACGAGGGCGACCUGCUGACGCGCGAGCGGCUGUGCUGCGGCCUGUCGCUGUUCGCGGUGGUGCUGCGGCGCCUGCGCAGCUGCCUGGCCGCGCCCGCCUGGCCCGCGCCGCCCGCGCCGCCGCACCACGCGCCGCUGCACGCCGACGACACCAACGAGUUCCACAGGCUGUGGUCCGCCCUGCAGUUCUUGUACUGCAUCCCGACCACCGAGACGCAGUUCACUGUUGAGGAGCUGUUUGGCGAAGGACUGCACUGGGCGGGCUGCACCAUCAUCGCACUGCUGGGGCAGCAGCGACGCUUCGAGGCCCUGGACUUCUGCUACCACAUCCUGCGCGUGCAACGCGUUGACGGCAAGGACGAGCUGGUCAAGGGCGUGGUAAGUGUGCACAACUACAGUCUGUCUUUUUUGAAGAUGGAGUAAAAUGACAAAAGUGUUGCCCGCUUGCAAGCAGCUUGUGAAUGCAGUCGAUAAAUAUUCUAU